AUGUUGCGACCUUUGGAUGAGAAUUUCGACCAGUUCUGCCUUUGGGAAUUUAUGGAAAGUACUGUCAAAGUGAAAGGCAAGAUGGACGAUCAGUCAACCAACAACCCUGAAUCUGAUGAUGAUUUAUUUGGUGAGGAGAUCACUGACAAAAAGCACAAACGCAAAAAGAUGCCUCGAGCGAAAUUCUCCUCAGAACAUGGACAAUUUGAGACACACCACAUCCGACUGCGCAAGAAAAAAGUAGUGCCAGUCUUGUUAGGUGCUGCUAUUCCACAACCAGAUGGGUCGACAGAGGACUAUGAGAUGUACCAUUGA